UUCUGAUGCCCCUUCGCGGCUGCCCGCCAGCCCGGCGGCCGCGGCUGCGGGAGGAUGCGGCUCUUCCUUCUGGCUGCAACUUUCUGGGGAUUGUGCCUGGCUCCAGGUUUGGGUUUGCAAAUACAGUGCUACCAGUGUGAGGAGUUCCAGCUAAACAAUGACUGCUCUGCUCCAGAGUUCAUCGUGAAUUGUACAGUGAAUGUUCAGGAUAUGUGUCAGAAAGAAGUAAUGGAAAAAAGUGUUGGAAUCAUGUACCGCAAAUCCUGCGCAUCUUCAGCAGCCUGUCUGAUCGCCUCUGCUGGGUACCAGUCCUUCUGUUCUCCAGGGAAGGUGAACUCUGUUUGUAUCAGCUGCUGCAACACGCCACUCUGCAAUGGACCCCGGCCAAAAAAGAGGGGUAAUUCUGGUGUGGUGCUGAGGGCACAUGUGAUAACCACCAUUCUUCUCCUUAAAUUGGCUCUUUUGGGUUUGUAUUGCUAA